CAUCACAGAUAAAGCAAAGUUCAAUUUCUAAGUCUACUUAGUCAACUCCAACGCUGACCACCCAAUCGCUCCCCUCUUCCUUGAAGCUGUCCAUUUCUGACGAAUUCUACAUCGUUGACAACAAGUCAAGAUCCAAAUAUUUUUAACUAUUCUCCGAUCACUCUACAUCGGAAUCUGCUAACAACAUCUGUAUUUUCUUACUCCUGUCGACUUUCACACACAAAAACGUGUAUAAAUCUCAAGAACACAUCUGCAUUAAUCCAAGAAUCAAGUGCCCCUCUUGUAGUUCUCUUUUCCCCCCAAAAACAUGGCUAUUUCAGAAUCCCACUUAGCCACUGCCAAGACCAUUCUCUCCGCCGUGGGCACCGCUACCGCCGCCGUAGUGGUGGUCCGCGGCGUCGCUCAAGAAUACCUCCCAGCUGAGUUCCAAGACUACCUUUUCUCCGGCAUAAGGAACUUCUUUAGCAGAUUCUCAAACCAGCUGACCCUUGUGAUCGACGAGUUCGAUGGCUUAGUCAACAACGAAAUCUACGAGGCUGCCGAGACCUAUCUCGGCACGAAAGUCGGCCCGACCACCCGCCGCCUGAAAAUCAGCAAGCCUGAGAAGGAAAAGAACUUUAAUAUCACCCUGGAACGUGAUCAAGAAGUCGUGGACGUGUACAAUGGGGAGAAAUUCAGGUGGGUUUGGAUUUGCAGAAAAACUGAAGUAAGAAACUUUUACAAUCCCAGAGACAUGAACUCAACCUUAAGAAACGAAGUCAGGUCAUUUGAGCUCACAUUCCACAAGAAGAACAAAGACUUUGCCAUCAACUCUUACUUGCCUUACGUAGCGAACGAGGCCCAAAACAGGAAACAGGAGAAGAAAACAAUCAAGAUUUUCACACUGGAUUACGAAAACAUGUACAACAUGAACGAUAUGUGGACGCCGGUAAAGCUGGACCACCCGGCCACGUUUGAGACCCUGGCGAUGGAUUCUUAUCAGAAAGAUAUGAUCUUGAAGGAUCUUGAUCGGUUUAUUGAGAGGAGAGAGUAUUACAGGAAAGUGGGCAAGGCCUGGAAAAGAGGAUACUUGUUGUAUGGCCCUCCAGGGACAGGGAAAUCCAGCCUGAUUGCUGCAAUGGCGAAUUAUUUGAAUUUUGAUGUGUAUGAUUUGGAGUUAACGGAGUUGCGGAGGAAUUCUGAGCUGAGGAGAUUGCUGGUGGGGACGGCGAAUAAGUCUAUAUUGGUGGUGGAGGACAUUGACUGCACCAUUGAUUUGCAGGAGAAGCUGGCCAACAGGGCUACCCCUCCUCUGCCUGAAUUUCAGCAGAGGGAAGAGAGCAAGGUUGGUCAACUUAAUUAUGUUAGUAAACUCUACAUUGUAUGUGGUGACGAGAGGAUCAUAAUCUUCACGACCAACCACAUAGAAAAGCUCGACCCAGCGUUACUGCGCCCGGGCCGCAUGGACGUGCACAUCCACAUGUCAUAUUGCACCCCUUGUGGCUUCAAACUUCUGGCUUCUAACUACCUCGGAUUCAAAGAACAUUCCCUGUUUGGGGAAAUCGAGGAUUUGGUCCGAAAUGCCAAAGCAACGCCUGCUGAAAUAGCUGAGCAGCUCCUGAAGAACGACGAUCCUGAUGUUUCUCUUCAGGGGUUGAUUGGCUUCUUGCAUAAGAAGAUGAAAGAGACUGAGGAAGCUGAAGCUGAAAAAGCAAGAGCAGAAUCUUCAGGUGAAAAGCAGAAACAGGAAACUGUUGAGAAUGGGGAGAGUGAGAAAAAUGAUGAAGGAAAGGAGAAUUCUUUGGGCUCAGCUCCUGAGCAACAAAAAUUGGAAGAUGACUAGAGAAGUUGGAGUUGGAGAUUAGAGAUUGGAAUGGGAAAUUCAUGCCUCAGAAUUCUUAUAGCGUGGGAAAGAAGAUAGAUGAUUAUCAUAUUCCCUUUUUGUAAUUAACCAACUUUGGACAAACUAAUUACGAAUUACAAAAAUGAAAACAAUUUUUUUUCCCUUGUAAGAUUGAGAUUAGAUUGGCAUGUAAUCUUUUAAUGACAAAACCAAGAAUUGAUUAGAGAAUUUACAGGUG